AUGCAACGAGGCCGCCUCACAAAUGCAUUCGGGAGCCGCGGUUUCAUGUCACUCUUCGCUGUGUUAAUGUACCACAAGCUCCGUGUGAUCACCAAUUACUUCGUGGUAUCCCUGGCCUUCGCGGACAUGCUGGUCGCUCUCAUGGCCAUGGUGUUCAACGCGUCCGUUCAGCUGACCAACACGUGGCUCUUCGGACCAGUCAUGUGCGACCUCUGGAACUCAAUGGACGUGUAUUUUUCUACGGUGUCGAUCCUUCACCUCUGCUGCAUAUCGAUAGACAGGUUACCACAAGCUUCCGUGGUGAUCACCAAUUACUUCGUGGUAUCCCUGGCUUCGCGGACAUGCUGGUCGCUCUCAUGGCCAUGGUGUUCAAACGCGUUACGUUCAGUGACCAACACGUGGCUCUUCGGGACAAGUCAUGUGCGACCUCUGGAACUCAAUGGGACGUGUAUUUUCUUACGGUGUCGAUCUUCACUCUGGCUGCAUAUCGAUAGACAGGUUCUUCCCUCGCGACUCCCGGGGCUCAGGGUCCGGCCUAACAGGAUGCGGCGGCCGAUGCGCGCAUGA